AUGGGUAACAAAAAUUAAAAGGAAAAAGAUAAUGAUAGUGCUAGAGCUUUUGAGCAUUACUCAAGAAGUAAAGUAAAUUAUUUAAUAUAAUUAUUUUUAGAAGCUUUAAAUUGCUUACAGAACCGAAAAAGCAAUUUUAGAAAUUAACAAAGCUUUGAAUCUUAAUCCUAUAUUUGCAGAAGCCUACACAUUAAGAAGUUCAUUGUUUUAAUUAUCAAUUUAGGUGAAUUAUAUGAAUAAAUGAAAUUGUAUGAUAAGGCUUUGAAGGAUGUAAAUUGUAGCUUGUCUAUUAACAACAAUAAUGCAGAAAGUUAUUAUUAAAGAGGUAUAAAUUAAAUCUUAAUUUAAGCAACAAUUUAUUGGAGAUAAAAAAAAUUGAAUCUAGCUUUAAAAGACUGUUGGAAGUGUAUUUAGAUUAAUGCAAACUUUGCUAUGGGGUAUAGUAGAUUAGGUAACAAAAUAAAAAUAAAUUUUUAGGCACUAUUAUGGGGGAAUUGAAAGAAAUAGAAAAAGAACUCGAAUAUCACACUGAGGCUAUAUAAAAAGAUUGUAAUUGUUAUUAUGCAUUUAUGUGUCGAGGUAACAUAAAAUUUAAUUUUUAAGGGGGCGUUUAUAUGGAUGAAAAAAAAUUUGACUAGGCAUUAAGAGAUUUAAAUUAAGCAAUUUAAAUCAAUCCACAAUAUAGUUUAGCCUUUUAUAAUAGAUGUUUUAAACUAAUUAUUUAAAAGGCUUGUUCUAUUUAAAUACUGGUGAGCAAGACAAAGCAUUAAAUGACUGUAAUAAAGCAAUCCAACUGGAUCCAAAAUUUGCUAAUUCCUAUUAUGAUAGAGGUGAAUGCUAUUCAAUAUAUAAGGUCUUAUAUAUUAAAAAAUUGGUGACAAAGCCAAGGCUUUAUAUGACUUUAAUAAAGCAAUCCAACUUGAACCAAAUAAUGUGAUAGCCUAUUAUAAGAGAGGUGAAUAUAUUUACACUUAAUAUAAAAGGAAAUUUUUAUUAAAAAAUUGGUGAGUAUGACAAUGCUAUAAAUGAUUAUAAUAAAGCAAUCCAACUUGAUCCUAAUAAUGCUAUAGCCUAUCUUAAGAGAGGUGAAUACAUUUACACUUAAUAUAAAAGGAAAUUUUUAUUAAAAAAUUGGUGAGUAUGACAAUGCUUUAAAUGACUAUAAUAUAGCAAUCCAACUUGAACCUAAUGAUGCGUCGAUCUAUCAUAAUAGAGGUGAAUACUAUUACACUCAAUAUAUAAGGCCUUUUAUAUUAUAAUAUUGGUGAGAAAGACAAUGCUUUAAAUGACUAUAAUAUAGCAAUCCAACUUGAACCUAAUGAUGCGUCGAUCUAUCAUAAUAGAGGUGAAUACUAUUACACUCAAUAUAUAAGGCCUUUUCUAUUAAAAUAUUAGUGAGAAAGACAAAGCAUUAAAUGACUAUAAUAAAGCAAUCCAACUUGAUCCAAAUAAUGCGUUAACCUAUCAUAAUAGAGGUGAUUACUAUUACACUCAAUAUAUAAGGCAUUUUCUAUUAAAAUAUUGGUGAGAAAGACAAAGCAUUAAAUGACUAUAAUAAAUCAAUCCAACUUGAUCCAAAUAAUGCAUUAACCUAUCUUAAUAGAGGUGAAUACUAUUACACUCAAUAUAUAAGGCAUUUUCUAUUAAAAUAUUGGUGAGAAAGACAAAGCAUUAAAUGACUAUAAUAAAUCAAUCCAACUUGAUCCAAAUAAUGCAUUAACCUAUCUUAAUAGAGGUGAAUACUAUUACACUCAAUAUAUAAGGCAUUUUCUAUUAAAAUAUUGGUGAGAAAGACAAAGCAUUAAAUGACUAUAAUAAAUCAAUCCAACUUGAUCCAAAUAAUGCAUUAACCUAUCUUAAUAGAGGUGAAUACUAUUACACUCAAUAUAUAAGGCAUUUUCUAUUAAAAUAUUGGUGAGAAAGACAAAGCAUUAAAUGACUAUAAUAAAUCAAUCCAACUUGAUCCAAAUAAUGCAUUAACCUAUCUUAAUAGAGGUGAAUACUAUUACACUCAAUAUAUAAGGCAUUUUCUAUUAAAAUAUUGGUGAGAAAGACAAAGCAUUAAAUGACUAUAAUAAAUCAAUCCAACUUGAUCCAAAUAAUGCAUUAACCUAUCUUAAUAGAGGUGAAUACUAUUACACUCAAUAUAUAAGGCAUUUUCUAUUAAAAUAUUGGUGAGAAAGACAAAGCAUUAAAUGACUAUAAUAAAUCAAUCCAACUUGAUCCAAAUAAUGCAUUAACCUAUCUUAAUAGAGGUGAAUACUAUUACACUCAAUAUAUAAGGCAUUUUCUAUUAAAAUAUUAGUGAGAAAGACAAAGCAUUAAAUGACUAUAAUAAAGCAAUCCAACUUGAUCCAAAUAAUGCGUUAACCUAUCAUAAUAGAGGUGAUUACUAUUACACUCAAUAUAUAAGGCAUUUUCUAUUAAAAUAUUGGUGAGAAAGACAAAGCAUUAAAUGACUAUAAUAAAUCAAUCCAACUUGAUCCAAAUAAUGCAUUAACCUAUCUUAAUAGAGGUGAAUACUAUUACACUCAAUAUAUAAGGCAUUUUCUAUUAAAAUAUUGGUGAGAAAGACAAAGCAUUAAAUGACUAUAAUAAAGCAAUCCAACUUAAACCAAAUAAUGCGUUAAACUAUCUUAAUAGAGGUGAAUACUAUUACACUCAAUAUAUAAGGCAUUUUCUAUUAAAAUAUUGGUGAGAAAGACAAAGCAUUAAAUGACUAUAAUAAAUCAAUCCAACUUGAUCCAAAUAAUGCGUUAACCUAUCAUAAUAGAGGUGAAUACUAUUACAAAAAUAUAUUAGCCAUAUUAUAUGAAAAUAUUGGUGAGAUAGACAAAGCAUUAAUUGACUAAAAUAAAAAUAUCCAACUUGAUCCAAAUAAUGCGAUAGCCCAUUACAAUAGAGGUUAAUACUAUUAUUACUAACAUUUUAGCCCUACUAUAUUAACAUAAAGGUUGGCAAGACAAAGCAUUGAAUGACUUUAAUCAAGCAUUUCAAUUAGAUCCAAAUUUUGUCAAUGCCUAUUUUGGAAAAGGUUUUAUCUCCAAAUUAGUAUUUUAGGUCUUAUCUUAUAGGAUUUGAAAUAAUUUGAACAAGCAAUAAUAUGCUUUGAUAAAGCCAUUUCUCUUGAUCCAAAUCAGAUUAAUAUUUAUUAUAACAAAGGUUUUAUGUUUAAUAUCAUUUAGCAAUUUCAUUAGAAAAAUUGAACCAAAUCUUUUAAGCAAUAAAAUAUUAUAAAUUAGCAUUAACAUUAAACCAUCCUUCUUAAAAUUAGAUUUCUUAGAAAAUCACCAAACUUCAAGGAUGCUAAUGA